CAAAAGAAACUUGUAAAAUUAUAAAUAUUAGAUAUUUAUAUAUAAUUUUCUGCAGUUCAGUUUAAACAAGAUACAAUGCGGUGGAGUGAAGCAAUCACUCUAGAGUUUGUGAAAAUAUACAUAAAACACGAAUGCCUGUGGAACCCCGCGCACACUGGUUAUAAACUAAAAUAUCAACGAGCAGAAGCUUACAGCAGUAUUCAAUCAGAUUUUAAGGCGGCCACGGGCAAAUCAUUAAGUAUUCCCGAGAUAAAAAUAAAGAUAAAGAAUUUGAGAACAACCUACUGUCAGCAAGUGCAGAAAAUAUUACAGAAGUCGAGCCCUGAUGCCAUAUACGAGCCUUCUUUAGUUUGGUUUCAUGAGAUGGACCAAUGUUUGAAACAUGUACCAACUAACAGACACUCUACGUCUUAUAUCAAUACCCACGAAAUGCCAGAAGUGGACUCAUCUAGCCAAUUAUGGGUCGACCAAGAUUUACCGAAUGUUAAUGCUGAAGACUCCAACCCAGACCCACUCGUGCCACAUACCGAUGAUGAGUGUGACUCCAACCAACUUGAAGACUCGGAAAAUAUAAAACAAGAAAUACACACAUCAGCACAUUUUAAGAAAAUUAAGAAGAAAAAACUCAAGCAUAGAGCUAAAGAUUACUAUUCACAGUCUAUAGACAGUGUCAAUCAGUCAAAAUAUGAAGAUGAAUUUGAUAUAUAUGGGAAAUACAUAGCUUCACAAUUGAGGAAGAUGGAUUUAAGAAAUUCUUUGAAACUGAAACUGCAGAUUCACAGUCUUGUCAGUGAGGCAAGGCUAUCUGAUUUAUCAAGAAACAAUAUUUAAAUUAAAAUAAACUUUAAAUUUAAGGUCCAUACAUACAUAAUUAUAUCAGACAUGACACCCCAUUUGUGUCAUGUAAUAUUAUGGCUCCAAUAUUAUAUGCAGCUAGUGUGCCCUGUAUUCAUCAGCAUAAAAUAAAUAUAAUUGGAAAUAAUGUACAGUAAUAUAAUUGGAAAUAAUGUAAUUGGAACCCUAGGCCACAGUAGAACUAUGUCAGUGACAUUUUAAAUCAGAUUGUAAGAAGUCUCUUACUGCUUGUUAUUUUGACAAGGUGGUAGCUUGGCCUAGGGUUCCAAUUGAUUGACUGUACAAGUGUACACAUACUCAGAAAGUGUUUGAGAAUCAUAAGCUCUUAUGUUUUUCAUACUUAAGUAUUAUUAUUAGAAAGCUAUUUUCAGAAAAUGUGCAAUGAACAGAUCUCUUAUUCUAUUUAAUUAGGACAUGCAUUUUUAAGUGUUCUUUUACUUAAUUUAUAAGCAGUGAUAAAAUUAUUUAUAGUUUGUGUACAUUUGAAAUGAGUAAAAAGAGACCAAGAAAUAUUACAUACCACAUUAUUAAUUUGGAAUGUUGAACCAAAGAUAACGUUUAUUUGUUUUAUAGUGUAAAUGUAAUAAAACAUGAUUUAUUUAUUUGGCUCCUUGUCUAUUUUUAUUGACAAUUACUUAUUUACGUACUUACAAAAUCAUUUUCCAUUUCCGUCUGCAACCAAACUAAACACGGUGAUCACAGUACAAAAACGUUUCGAUUAUCACCAUCAGCAUAUUCAUGUCGCCCCAUGCUCAAGGAUUGAUCCAUUUCAGUAUUUUCAGUGUUUAUAAGCCAUCAUACUUUAAAAAAUAUUUGAUAUGUUGGGGCCAAGGUUUAAUGAAACUGUCAGUUUGAAUUUCGCCCCUUUUCUUAGUGCUAGGAUUUGGUUUAUACGUGGUCUAAACUGACAGGCUACGGAACCCUUUAAAAUGCAUAAUGCUAAACACCCUUCCCACCUCCCCAUUAAAAAAAAACGGAUCGUUUUGUCAUUACACCGGUCACGUUUUCGUAAUUUUCUGCUUUCCUGUAAAUUAUAGUAACAUGAACUUUAAUACCAUGAAA